UGUUCAUCACAUGUGAUAUCCCAAGCCGGCGCGUCAUGAAUAUAAAGUCAAUUGUACAGUUUGCGACCGCGUUCUCUACUUCCAAUCCACCGCCAUCAUGGGCAAGCCACUCUCAGGCUCUACCGGCAGCCUCACCGUUCGCGACAACCGUACAGGAAAGACAUAUGAAAUUCCAAUCACCAACAACAGCAUCCCAGCGACAGCCUUCAAGGCCAUAUCUGCUCCCAGAGGCGUGGGAGAUAGAGAGGAAGAUGAAACCGAGAAAGGAUUGCGUGUAUCUGACAAGGGAUUUUUAAAUACUGCGGUUAUGCGCAGUCAGAUUACCUACAUUGAUGGAGAGGCGGGCGUCCUCCGCUACAGAGGAUAUCCAAUUGAAGAAUUAGCACUUCAUUCGUCCCAUCUGGAAACAGCAUACCUGUUGAUUUAUGGCUCACUACCAACUGCCUCCCAGCUCCAUGUCUUCGAGAGCGAGGUGAUGCACCACGGCGUCGUCCACGCUGACGCCGAACAAUUUUUCCGUUCUUUCCGAUAUGAUGCGCACCCGAUGGCUAUUUUGACGAGUGCUUUAGCCUAUCUGGGGUCUUAUUACAAGGAGGCAAAUCCAUCGUUGCGAGGUCAGAAUCUGUUUACAAGAGGUUCUAAAGAGUCUCUGGCUGUGAUGGACAAACAAAUCUAUAGGCUGAUAGGGAAGGCCACGACGCUUGCUGCGAUGGCAUAUCGUGUCCGACAAGGACGUGAGUUUGUGACGCCACCGACUGGUCUGAGCUACACCGGAUCAUUCAUGUACCAAAUGGACCACCUUGGACAGGAAGACUACGUUCCACACCCCGUCUUGGAAAAAGCACUGGAUGUCCUGUUCUUACUUCACGCCGAUCAUGAGUUAAACGCUUCAGCGACAACGGUCCUGCAGACGGGUAGCUCGCUAGUUGAUCCCUACUCUGCCAUCGCUGCUGGAUGCGCAUCUCUGUAUGGGCCAUUGCAUGGUGGUGCGAACGAGGCUGUUAUCCGUAUGCUUAUCUCUAUUGGAAGCCCGUCCAAUGUCCCGGCGUUCCUGGAGGCCGUAAAGAGACGGGAAAAAGUUCUUUCAGGUUUUGGACACAGGGUUUAUAAAACUUCUGAUCCACGUUCCUUCAUCGUGCGCAAAACGGCCGAUGAGGUCUUCAAAGUAACAGGAAAGGACGAACUACUAGAGACGGCCAUGGCACUCCACGAGGCGGCGAUGAAGGAUGAAUACUUUAUUAAGAGGAAGCUAGCCCCAAAUGUUGAUUUCUGGAGUGGGCUGAUUUAUCGCGCCAUGGGCUUCCCCCUGGAUUUUUUCCCCGUGUUGUUUGCUGUGCCACGAGUAGUGGGGUGGCUUGCGCAUUGGCGACAGAUGAUGCUUCAAGAAGGCGGGGUAAAGAUUUGGCGACCAAAACAGAUCUACGUCGGAGCAGCCAAGCGCGCGUAUGUGCCUCUUGACGAGCGGGUGCCUGUGGAAGGGCUGAAGGAAACGCCUUCCCCCAUUGAACACUCUGGGAUCUCCAAGAGGACCAUGCUCGCCUCGUUCAAGGGUCAGAAAGCAAAGCUGUAGGCUGAGCAGGGGCUACUCCUUUUAUGAUGUGUUUCAUUAUAACAAUGCCAAGGGUUCGUUCCGGAUCUGGUGUGAUCAGCCCGUCGGAGUUGGAAGCCGUGAGGCUGUUUGGACAUAUUUGGCUGAACGCCUGCUGGCCU